AAGCAAUGGGAUUGUGAGAUAUUUUUCUUCCAAAUAACUACUAAUUUAUGAUAUGACUUUUAGUUUCUGUAAUUGGCAAUAGCGGUUGCAUCGACCUUUGAGCUGAGGGAGAAAACGUGGUUCUGGAAUCGGUUGUAAAUAAUGGCACCUGUAGCAGCACCACUUUUAGAUAUUAAAGAAGAUAUUGAUUCCACAUCAAGAGACAAGGGUAUCAAUGCUGUACUCUUGGGACCACCAGGUGCUGGGAAAGGAACGCAGGCUCCUCGUCUGAAGGAAGAAUUUUGUGUUUGUCAUCUUGCAACAGGAGAUAUGCUUCGAGCUGAGGUAGCCUCUGGUUCAGAACUUGGUAAAACAUUGAAAAAAGUAAUGGAUGAAGGUAAACUAGUCAGUGAUUCAUUGGUUGUUGAUCUCAUUGACCGAAACUUGGACAAGCCUGAAUGUCGUAAUGGGUUUUUGCUAGAUGGAUUUCCUCGUACAGUUGUCCAAGCUGAAAAGCUGGAUGGACUUCUAGAAAAAAGAAAUACUCAAUUAGAUUCUGUCAUUGAAUUUGGUAUAGAUGAUAGUCUUCUGGUUCGGAGAAUUACGGGUCGAUUAAUUCAUCCUCCCAGUGGAAGAUCUUAUCAUGAAGAAUUCCAUCCUCCAAAGAAGCCAAUGAUUGAUGAUCAAACUGGAGAACCACUGAUCAGGAGAUCCGAUGAUAAUGCAGAAGCACUACGGAAGCGACUUGAAGCAUACCACAAGCAAACAAAGCCUCUUGUUGACUAUUAUAAACAGAAAGGUAUCCACACAUGCAUAGAUGCAUCUUUGGAUGCAAACACAGUGUUUGAAAACAUUAGAAGGACGUUCAUAAAUGCCAAGUCCAAAGAUAAAGUUAUUUUCAUGUGAUGUGGAAAAUGUUCGAAUAACAAAUUGGCUGUAUGAUUGAUUACCUUAUAGUACACAUAUUUUUUAAUAUUAAGAUGAUUCUUCUAUUUGAAAUCAGAGAUGUUAAAAAAAUCAGUUUUAAACAUUGGAAGCAGAUGAUGGACCAAUGUACAUAAUAAUGGUCUCACCUUUGGACUUUAGGAGCUAUAUUGCUCUUUCUGCUUAGUAUAUUUGAUACUUUUAUGAUUUUUAAAAUCAUGAGAUUUUCAUAAAAGUAUGAACUUUUUUAUGAUUUAUGUGUAAUGCCUGCCAAUAAUUUGAGCAACAUAUUUUUACUAAUGGUUUAAGUUAUUAAAAAAUUAUGAUCAAGGAAAAAAUGCUUCGUUUGUACAAAGCAGCAGUUAUUGACUACUUUAAUCUAUUGGAAGAGGUCCGAAUUUGAAAAAUUUAUUAAGUGAAUUGCCGAAUUUUGAUAUAUUGUAAUUUUUUCCUUGAAAGGUAUUUACUAUAGUGUACAUAUUUUAUUACUAGAAAAAUACUCAUCUAUAUAACCCUAUUUUUUAAAAAUAAGCUAAAAUUUAUUUCUAAGAUAUUACAUAUAUAUACAAACUAAUGUGUAACUUAUUCAAUCUCUGAUUUUAAAAAUUGUUCUUGAUAUUCUUCUCAGGCAAAUAUGCAUUCAUAUUUUAAAACUAGAAAUAGAAUUGUAUCUUUUCAAAAUAGAGUAGUUUUAUGCACUGUAUUUUGAAGCUUUUUACCUUGUAAAUUUUUGCAUAUUUUGCUUUGUUGCUGUUUGUGUUAAAAUGUGAAAGACUCAAAACAUAUCAUGUAUUAAAAAUAACAAGAUUUAAUUUUUUA